AAAAAGAAUACUCCCGAUGACUAGAGGAAAGAGGACGUUGCAUGAACCUGAACAUCUCGCCAAAAAAAGGAUGAAAACCUCAAAUUCAAAGGCAUCCCUAAAAGCAGAGGAAGAAAAGAAAAUUAUACGCAGAGCAACCACGCCACCAAUAACCGACCCAUCGAUUGUACCUGAUCCCAAUGUCAAUAAAGUCAUUUAUGGCUCGUAUGAAAUGGGUGCCUGGUAUCAUUCUCCUUAUCCUUAUGAGUUCGGUUCCUUUAUUGAACAAUUGUAUAUUUGCGAGCUCUGCCUAAGGUAUAUGAAUAAGGAAUCACAACUCGCUCAUCACAAGACAACAUGUAAAGCGAGAAAACCGCCCGGGAAAGUGAUUUAUGUUAACGGUAAAAUCAAGGUGUAUGAAAUUGACGGGCAUGAACACAAAAUGUACUGUCAAAACUUGUGUUUGAUGGCAAAGUUAUUUCUGGAUAAUAAAACGUUAUAUUACGACACAGAUGGAUUUAAAUUUUAUGUGCUGACAGAACAAAAUAGUAAAUAUAAAUCGAUAGAUGAAAUGGUGGGUUAUUUCUCCAAGGAAAAGAUUUCGUAUGAUGGGUAUAAUUUGGCGUGUAUCAUGACAUUACCAUCACAUCAACGGAAAGGGUAUGGUCGAUUACUGAUCGAACUAAGUUAUGAACUCUCGAAACAUCAAGGCAAGAUUGGCAGUCCCGAGAAACCUUUAUCGCCUCUGGGUAGUCUUGGUUACCAGUCGUACUGGGCAUCCACCAUCAUGACUACCUUACUGCAUUUUCGAGGUGAGGUGACAAUUAAGGAAAUAUCAAAGGAAACAUGUAUCCAUGAAGAAGAUGUCAUUGUGACCUUAUCGAGGCUAAACUUGCUUGCUUAUCGUCAACGCGUGAAUCGACAACAGAAUAUCUGUAUCUCGGAUCAAAUGUUGCAUGAUACUUUGAUUGAGUUUAAUAUAAAGUUGGGCCGUAAAUUAGAUCCUGAAAACAUUCGCUGGAAAUAGCUCUCUCUUUUCCCCUCCACCCCCAGCUUAUUUUUUCUUAUAAAAUCACCCGUGACCUUUUUUCUUUUUUUCUCUCUCUCCCUUUUU